UUUCUCUCUGCUUAUAAUUAGAUGGACUAACCUCUAUGCUUCUGUGUGUCUUUUGUUUUGACAGUUCGUGAAUGAUAUUUGGGAUAUUGCAAUCGACUGCAUACAAUCCCGAGGGAUUAUGAAUAAAAUUUCCCAUCAUCGAGAAAGCAUAUAACGUGUAAUAAAGUAAUGCUUAAGUAACGAACUGCACGUAGCAAUCCUAUAUAUAAUAGCUCGUGAAGAAUGUCCACGAUUAUAGAUGAUAAGGUUGUCGCAGGUGCGAAAGGUUCAAACGCUGUCAAGGAAGAUCCCAUUGUAGCAUUAACGGAAAGAGUGAAUGCUUUGUAUCUUUUUCGAGAUCGCUACUUUGAAACGCAUUCUAUCGACGAGGCAAUCAAGAAGAAUAGCGAUGUGGAGAAAGAGAUGAAAGAUACAUUGAGCAAGUUCGACGAAUGUAAAGGAUACGAGAUUGAUGGUUCACGUGCGAAUUAUUAUUACUUAAAAGGAAAAGCUCUGAACGUUGUAGAUCGUUUCAUUCCACAAGCAGAAGAACUUUUGAGCAAAGCUGUAAAAUUAGAGCCUAAAUUAAUAGAAGCAUGGAACGAAUUAGGAGAAUGUUACUGGAAAAAUGAUGAUAUACAGCAAGCAAAGAAUUGUUUCAUCGGUGCUCUGCCACAUAAUAGAAAUAAAGUGUCUUUGCGAAAUUUAUCGAUGGUACUCAGACAAGAACAAACUUCAUCUAUGGAACAGCGAAUAAAAAAUAUUCAGCAGGGUGUGGAGUAUGCCAAGGAGGCUGUAAGCCUGGACACAGCAGAUGGCAUAUCUUGGGCUAUAUUAGGCAAUGCUUAUUUGUCUUCCUUUUUCACAGUGGCACAAAGUCCAACUACCUUACGUCUAUGUAUGUCUGCAUAUAUGCAAGCAGAGAAAGAUAUAAUUGCCAGAAGUAAUUCUGAUUUGUUUUAUAAUAAGGGAGUAGCUUUAAAAUAUCAAGAAGAGUAUAACUUAGCGUUACGUUCAUUCGAAAACGCGAUGGCACUAGAUCCAUUAUGGGAAACUCUGCGUAUUAAGCGGGACGAGUUACUACAGUAUCUUAAAGAUAUACAAAAUUCUAUUAAUAACAACGGUUACGUAAAACCAAAACGGCUGCAUCAAAUGAUACGGGCAUUGGAUAUUAAACACUUAGGACCGUACAAGGAUGGAUCGUACACUUCUGGAGAGAAAUCUAUAAAGUUAGACUUGAUUCCAUUGAAAGAACUAGCUCUCGGGUUGAAUACGGGAAAAGUCGUAUUUGGAAAAGUAGUUUGUUGGAUACAGGAUUCGGAUUGCGUCCCAUUCGCUUUUUGUCUGGUCGAUGAGCAGAAAACUUGUAUCGUUGUUACCGUGUACAAUCUAGCUAAAGGCAGAGGAGUCACGGUCGGAGAUUCCGUUGGUAUACCAGAACCUUUUGUCAUACAUCAGAAAUUCUCCUACAUAGAUAAUGUUAGUACGUUAGGAACAAUCGAUAUUAAUCAAAGUGUUUGCCGCUUUUACAAUAUAAUAUUCCUCUUUCUAGGAUUUCGAUUACAGAUCUAUUCGCGUCGAAACACCAGUCAUACUCGUAGUUAAUGGAAGGAAGUUAGGUCGUGAACAGCAAGCCAGUGCAAACUUGCAUACUUUCAAGAAAACGGAUUAACUGAUAAAAUACGUUGAUCGAGCGUUAAAUCACAUAGCGGCCAGGUAUAGAUUUUUCUAUCCUUUUCUAGUAACAUCAAAGAUAAUACGAAAGAGCUCACCAGUAUACUUCAGUCCUUUAAUUUGCUUAAGUAUACUAUGCAUAACACAUGAAUUUAGAAUGAAUAUAUUUUACAAAGUAUUACAUUGGCAAUAAUCAAAAAUAAUCUGCAACAUUAUCUAGAGGAUAUGCUAUGUUACAACAAUUUCAUAUUUUAUAACGACGUACAAAAAAUACUCACAUACAUGUUCUAACCAUCGCAUCUUUGAAAUCAACCAAGAGAAGAUGUCGAUGCACGUGUUACUGUUUAUUGCGAUAUUAAUUAUUUGCGCAAAAAUUAUUUGGCGAACUACAUAUCUGCCAAUUUAUAGAGCUGUAAGACUUUACCCACAUCUUUUACGUUGUAUCUCAAGACAAGAGAGUAAAAACAUCGUAAUAUUUUAUUUAUAUGACGUUUUAAGUCGUAUUGUUAUUUGCUAUUAAAUCAAUCACAAGCGUGACUCGUGAUACGAUUAAAUCGAAAAGAAGAAUACUGAAGUACAAGAUACAAAAGUAUUCUCUUGUUUCAAAUGUCGCAAUUAUAUACAAUUCGCUGACGCGAUGAUGUAUUAGGAAAUCCAUUUCGCAUGAUAUCUUAUACUUGUAUAAUAUCGUUAUGUCAUCUAAUAUAUUGCGAUACAAUAGAACGCAGUUUGUACCAAGCAUCUUUAAAUCAAAGUAUUAAAGAGGAGCAAGUAUUAUUGUGUCCCACUUGUUUCGUCUAAUAUCAAAUUUUAUACAUUAAUAAUAUAGAAUUUCUCAUAACUCUCUCGUCUCUCUUCGUUUUUCGUUUUUAUUAGAUUUUAAAAAAUCGAUAUCGGAUGUUGUGUUCUUCUUGAAA